AAGCUUGUUGAAUGGAAAGCCUACCAACUGGCUUGAAGUCUGAAGAGUCAAGAGAGAAGGUGGGUGCGGUUGAAAUAGGCUUGGUCGUGCUUGGUCGUCAGUUGCGAGUGAAUGUUGUGAUAAUAAAAUUUAUAUAAAUAUAUUAUAUUAUAUUAUUAAAACAAAAAUCAAAAUGACAAUUUUAUCAUCUUGCUGGUCACCAAUAAUUUGGACAAAUAAUGUUAAAACUGGAAGUAAAGUUGUUGCAAGUUAUACGACUGCACUCAGUUUUGUUUUAAUAACAUUAACAAUUUAUCAAAUGAUUGGUGGUGAAUCAACACAACUUUAUAAUCCAUUAUUUGAUUUUGAUAUUAGAGAUUCAUUACAAGUAGCUGGUAGUUUUGUUAUUGGAUUUUUAAGUUUUUUAAUAAUCUCGUCUGGUCUGGUAAUGUUUGGUAUAAGCCAGGAAGUGAGAGGUUGGCUUUUACCAUGGUUAAUUUUGUGGAUGAUAUUUAUGGUGUGCCAGCUGCUUUUUGGAGUACGUCUACUCUACAGAUAUUACGUGUUUGUGGACGUUGUUCUAAUUACUAUGAUUGAUUAUCUUUGGAUGGCAUAUAAUUUUUAUUGCUGGCUAUGUGUAUACUCUGUUUACAAAGAAUUUGCAAAACGUGCAUCACCAAAUAUUGAGUAUCUUCAAUGGCCUUAAGUAACAUCAUAUUGUUAUAAUUAAUUUAAGACAUUAUAUUCAAAUAACAGUGAAUCAAAGAAUUUUAAUUCCAUUACUAAAUUUUUAUUAUGACCA